CGGUCCCAUCGCCCCACGCGGCCCUGAGCGCCGCAGCUUACGCCGGAAGGGGUGGGCGCGGGCGCAAGAUGGUGGCCACCAGGCUAACGGCACGGCGCGAGGCGCAGCAGGCCGAGGCGGAGAUGGUAGCUGCCGAAAUCAGCACUCCUGUGCCUGUCAGGAUGACCAGAAGGAGAACUAAAUCAGUUCAUAAGCCAGAGAUAAUUCAGGAAUCUCAGACCGAAGACUUGGAACAUGCAGAAACAAAGUCAGAUGUCAGUGAUAGCUUAGAGAUGCAGAGUACUAGGAAUGAGAACACAGCUUUUCAUUUAGCACAAUCAGUUGCUGAACCGCAAGCUGGAGGGGAUGUGUCAGAAACAGAAUCCAACUGCUCUUCUGUGUCUGGUCUUCAAACACCUUUGUUUGUUCGAGUAACAAGAAGACGACAGAUUGUAGUUCCUUAUCAAUCAGAUUCUCCUGACAGAAGAAAACAAGACAAGACAGCUUUUCUUAAUAACUUAAACAGGAUUAUGGAUGAAGAUGAUGUCUCUGAAGCUGAGUCUUGUUCCUCUGCUGUUUCUGGUGUCCAGGUGCCUAGUGUUACCAGAACUACAAGAAGCAGGCAAAGUAAAAAGAAAUUGCAACCAGAUACAGUUUGUGAAGCCCAGACUGAAGAUAUUUCUGAUGCAGAGUUGUGCUGCUUAAGUUCUCACGUGGAACCAUCUAUCACUACCAGACGAAUUACUAGGAGAGUGCAAAUGAAAUCGCAAGCAGCAAAUACUAAGAAGGGAAACCAAAUUGUUUCAGAAGAUGAGAAUUUAAUUGAGGACACCAUUAAAUCUGAGCCAGUAAUAAUUUCUGAUUCUAGACCUGCUGUAGAACUUCCCUCUGACACAGAAGAUAUUUCCUCUGUCACUGAGGACGAUAAAGAACCCAAUUUGCCUUCCAAAUCUGCCAAUACAACCCCAAGUGAAGAUGUUAAAGAACAGGUUAUGAAUGAUGUGACACCCAGCAGUCUUACAGAAAUGAAGCAAAGCGCCACUGAAUCACCUGGAAAAAAAGCAUUAAAAAAUACACAGUCUGCUGGGGUAGAUGAUUCAGAAGAAGCAUGUGGCCACAUACAAGAACAACACAGUAAAAUACUUGUGAGGGAGGGAAAAGUAAAGUGUGUUACUCUUUCUUUGACUGACUGCAUGAGUCCCAAACAAUUGUCAGAAUCCCAAGGGCAAAUAACGCCAAAUGAAAGUAAAAACAUUCCAGAAUGCAAAAGGGCAGAUGCUGAGGCAGAUGCACAGCAGUCUUUUGCCCAUGUUGGUAAAUUAAGAAAGAGUGACCAGUCUGGUGCAGUAAGCAGCCCACAAAAGGACAUAGCUGUUGCACAAAGCACUGAUAGCGCAGGUGGUUGUGGGGUGCUUGAAAUUGGCGUAGACAGUGGUGAAGGCCAAACAGGAGAAUUUGCUGAAUCUCUAUCACACAGCAGUGACAGAUCAAGCACUGGAAACAAUUCUUUUGCAUUGUUUCUGAGCAAAGGUGAAAGUGAUGAGUCUGAAAAUAGCGAUGUAGUGGACAUAGAUACAGCUGAGGUUGAUCUGUGUAUGGAAGAGGCAGGCGAGAGGACUCUUUCCCAAAAAAAAUCUUUAAAAAACAGUUCACUGCAUGCUGAAGGGCUUUUUGUGAUUGAUACUGAGCCUGGCAUGAGUUCUAGCCAAAAGUAUUACCUAGAUCAUCAGGUAGACCAAGGUAGUGAUGCUGAAAGCAGGCGUGAUGGAAGUGAAAAAGGUGAAGAAGCCUCGGAUUUGGAAGAGGUUGAAGAAGACUUGAUAGAUGAAGAUGAGAAAGAUGAAGAUGAUGAGUUGUUGAAAACUAAGACUGACGUUUUACAUCUUUCCAGCAGCAUAGACCCUGGUUUGAAUAUCAAGAAGCUUGGAGGUUUAUAUAUUAGUUUUGAUGCAAAAAAACAGAAGCCUAGACCAAGUGUAAUUAAGCAACUGAAGGAGAAAAAGAAGGACCAGCUCUUGCAGAAUAGUAUAAUAACUCCAGACUUUGAAAAAAAGGAAUGUGUGCCACCGUUCAGGGAAUCACUUCACCAGCUGAAGAAACAGCGCAGGGCGGAGCGAGAGAAAACAACAGGUGAUGGCUGGUUUGGUAUGAAAGCCCCAGAAAUGACAAGUGAACUGAAAAACGAUCUUAAAGUUUUGAAGAUGCGAGCUUCGUUGGACCCUAAACAUUUUUAUAAGAAGAAUGAUAGAGAUGGUUUGCCCAAGUACUUCCAGGUUGGAACUGUGGUUGAUUCUCCUAUAGACUUUUACCAUAGUCGAAUCCCUAAGAAACAAAGGAAAAGAACAAUUGUUGAAGAGCUGCUUGCAGAUUCUGAGUUCAGAAGAUAUAAUAAAAAGAAGUAUCAGGAGAUCAUGAGUGAAAAAGCAGCUUUUGCAGCAGGGAAGAGGAAUCGGAAGAAGAAGAAAUUUCGCAAUUAAGACUUGAAGAAAAAUAAAGAGCUGGAACAACUUAUUUGUUAUAAAAGUUUUUACAGAAUGCUCUGGUUGUGAUGUUUUUUUCUUUUUUUAAUAUUGCAGCUCAUGUGCAAAUUGAGGUUUAGGGAAUGUCCCGCAAUGAGAAUUUAGAAGGGAGCUUUAUCAAAUUAUCAGGUGUCUACAUUUAAAUUAAUUUAAAAAUGAAAGUUAGUUAUUUUUUAUUUAAAUUAAAAUUUACUUUAAAAGAUAAUGAUAUGAAAGCAUACUGUUAAUUCUGAGCACAAAAUACAGCUUCAUGGGUUGUGGUCAUUCCAGGUUUAAGUCUUUGGCAUCCAUUACGUGCCAGAACAAAUUUUCCCAUGUCUUGUCAGAGGUGCUGCUGGGGAGUUCUGUAAUAGAAAAUAU